GUUCGGCAGUGCGUCGCCAGCGGUGUUACACCCCGCCUUAACCCCGCCAGCAGCCAGACUGAACAGGGCCGUGCGCUCCGCAUACGCACUCCGCACGCAAGGCGCGCCACAGCUCUCAUAGCUGACUCUCGCACUCGCCAUGGACCCCAGGAUAGCGCUAUGUUUCCUGCUUUGCACCGUCUACGUGAAAUGUGGUGAAGUAGAUAUUAUUACGGAACCACGGCCGGGAGAAGAAUAUGUUUUAGUAAGUUCCGGUCAACAAACACCUAUAAGGAACUUUGAAACAUCACACAAAAUACCUGAAAAACAUCCAAACUAUCGUUUAACAAAACCAGAAGAUGGUGAUAGAGUAUUUAAGAAGUUGCACAGUGGUAAAGCGAAACAUCCGUCUGAAGGCAUAGUUUCCAUUGAAGAAGAUAAGAAGGCUUUAUCAAAAAAGGGUCAGAAGAUUAAAAAUUCAGAAUCAAUAGAAGUUGAUAUACCAGUAUCAAAAAUUGAAGAUAUCAAAAUAAAAGAAAAUGUUAAAGAUGUAGAUAUUAAUCCUAAAAUGGCUGUUGCUUUAGAAGCCUUUUCAGAAUCAGGAAAAUUGAGCAGUAACGAUGGAACAACUACUCAAAAACCAGUUCUGACUACAGCGACAUCAGUGCCUUCAAAAGCCUACGAUUAUAUCCCCAUAAAUUUUGACACCAUUGAUGAUAUCAAUAGUGGUUUACUCUCAUCCAAUGUUAAGCUGGAAACAGCUGGAUCUGAGCAAAAACAACAUUCAAGAAUUCAAGUUAAGAAAGGACCGAACGGUCAAGAUUAUGAAUACGAGUACAUUUAUUAUUAUUAUGACGAGGAUGAAGAUAGUAAGAAAGAUACUAAAGGUAAAGUUGCAUCUGUCACUACUGCACCUGUUCUUAAUUCACACGAUGGACCACAGAAAGUUGAAAAUGAAAAUCAGAUAGCUAAGGAAACUCGCCCUAAAAGCAAAUACAGUACGAUUGACAGAUCCAGCGCUACCACAACAGCAAUUCCUGAAGUCCACAAUGAAGUUAAUCAAACUCCGUCAAGAGGACGUUCUCGGGGCCGUAAUAUUACACCUGCACCUGUUGAAGAGGAAUCGCGUGAAGAAAGGCUACCAUCGAGCACACGGUUUCCUCCACGUGGUCGCAACUUCGUGGGUUCUAGUUCCACUACUCGCGCUCCUGAGGUAUCCUCUGAAACAAUACGGCAUCGUGGCCGCUCUCAGGUUGACAAUGUAGCAGAUGAGUCAAUAGGUCAAACAAGAAGUAGAACUCGAGCUCACAUCAGACGCCCAAGCUCCGAACUUGUGGAUCUUGAUAGUUUCAAGACACAUUCAGGUGGCAUUCCUGCACAAUACAAAGAACCACCGACGAGAUACUCAGCUGAAAGUAAAACUACAACUGAAUCUGUGGAAUCAUCUCCUGCUAAUGAGCCGUCUCACACCAAAGAAUCGCAACGAGAAGGUCACAGUUUGUCAAGUAGAAUCAGGUUCCAAGAAAUUUUAGAUGAUUCAAAAUUGCCACCGGACUACAAGCAAACGACAACGUACGAUCAAGAUACAACUGAAUACACGACGAUGACAGCAAUGGAAAAGGUUGCUCUAGAUUUAUAUGCUUAUUUGGCUGGAGAAAAUCUGAAUAACGAAAUAAGUCCAUCUAGCGAAUUGAGCCUCGAUGCGUCGACUGCAGUAGGCGAAGAUGCAUGGACUACUGAAGUAGUCAGCACGACCGAAGAAGAGACGACACCAACCACCACAACCACGACGACUACUACGACGACGACUACCACAACCACGCCAGCCCCCACCACUACCACAACCACAGCCGCACCCACUCGCCCUUCGAGGUUCAAGGGUCGCCCUGGUGCCCGGUCUCGCGCUCCUGCUUCCACCAGUGCAGCCACUGAAGCACCACAGGAGACCUCUACAAGAGUACGAGGUCGAUUUGGUAAGCCAAACGGGGUCCGGAAAACAACCGCCGCCGCCGCCGCUGCGGUCGAAACCUCUACGUCAGCCGCACCUGUUGAAAAACCAGCACAGGCUAAGCAGGCAUUCGGACGUCGCGGUCUAUUUGCUGGUCGGACUCGGCCCAGCACCAGUGCUCCAGUUCAAGAUGCACCAAACACGAAUGCUCCCACUGAAGGUUCAGCUCCCAGGCCCCGACUUCGUCCAGGUCAGCGAAGAAUUGGUACCACAACAACCGUAGCGCCUACAUCCGCUGAAGCAGGGGAAACCGCUGCUCCAGUUACAAACCCGUCGUCCGGAGAAGUGAUCGAAACAACACCUAUUCCUUCUAGAACAAUUGGCCGCAAACCUGGUUCAAGGCCGGUUGCCCUAAGACCAGGGCCAAGGUUGAACAUCAGGCCCAGUGCUCGCUUGAGACCUGGUUUGACCAGCGCAGCGCCCACCGAACCUGCCUCUGAAGCACCAGUUGGUGAGACCCCUGCACCCGAGGCACCAGCCACCGAAUCUGACCCUGAGGCAUCAGCACCGACUGCUGCGCCAGAACAGCCCCGCGGAGUAUUGAAGCUCCGCAAUCGGCUGCAAGUGUCACCUUCGCCGAAACCCCGCGUCGCCGUCACGCCACCAGCACGUCGUCCCAAUCCUCUACUGAAGAAGAGACUGCCUUCUACUGAGGCUACGACAGAAGCACCGAAAAAGUCAACAGAGUCGUCAGAAGAGAGCACCAGUGCUGAAAAAAGCGAAGCAGAGGCCGAGACGGAGGCCGCGCCCGCUGAAACGACGCCCGCCCCACCCUUGCGAGGUCUGGACGCGCUCAUCGCGCGAAGACGCGCCGCCGGUAUCGGUGGCCGGCCAGUGCGCCCCGCCAGGGGAGCGAGAUCCCCUUAACAACCUCAAACCCUUCCGUUAACUAAAUUUACAUUACGACACUAAGUACUUUAAGGACAUUUCAAACCAACCCUCGGGCCUCGAAAACACUUGAAGCGCAGUCCAACACUUGAUCGUUCUGCGGUCGUACAGCAUUGCCAACCUAUCGGACCAACAGAGUCAGGACUCAGGAGUGCAAAACAACACAGUGCUUGCGCUCACACUUACACUAUACCUACUUAGUAGGUGGUCUGCGUAGUUGGCUAGUAUCCGUUUAAAUGUCCACCCGUGGCUGAAAUUCGAUCAGGAAAACAUAAUACUUUCAAUAGCAUACCUACCUGUUUUGGAAAUGAUUGUCAUCGCCAUCGCCAUACUAAUGAGACUGUCAUAGUGUAAAUUUAGUGUUUUUUCUAUGACGGCGCUCACCGAGGGGACAAAUAAUUUAAUAUCUUUAUCUAUCUAUAUACAUUAUUGAUACUAUAAUUCUGUACCCAUAUUUUCUACGUGGUUGUUUUAAUAAUCUGUAGAAAUUCUUUAAAAUACUUUUCCGUUUUGAUUUCUCGGUGAAAAUUAGCGUUCGUCAUAUUAGUCAAAUUAUUCCCCAAACUGCCUAGAGAUUACUCUAAUUCUCAGUUCUUUUAUAAUUACUAGUUGUAUGCUACUUUAUAAUAUGUAAUUAGACUUAUAGUUUUUUAAUUUUUAAACUGUUUUGUAGUGUCCUCGACACCUAACCAUUUUUAUAAAGAUUUUUUUCAAUAAGUGUCUAAUUUUAAUUAUUUGCAUUAUGUACAUAGUAGAAGUUAAUUUUGUUACAAGUGUGUAUUCAGGGUUCGAUUUUGGAAAAGAGCCAAUUGCUUGGCAAAUAUAAACUUACAAACCAAAUUACUAACCAUCGAAAUCCAUUAUAGUGGAGAUAUCCUAAUCGCCAAAGUACGCCCAUAAGACUAGGGACGCUAUAAAACUUUGAUAAGAAUGCUUUUCAUUUACAUAUCUAAUAAAGAAGCGAAAACCGAAUUUUCAUCUUUAAGCGUCGACUAGUUCCUGAUAUAGUGAAUAAUGAUAGUAAUGACGAUCUGAUGACAAGCAUCGGUGCUAUUACCCUUCACCAGGCGGUUCCAAAUCUACUUAAGUAUUUAUGAUAAAUAUAACUUCAAAAUUCAAGAACAAACUAUAUGCCAUUAGUAUUUUACGCCAUAAACCAAAUCACUCAUGCCUGUUGCUUAGAAAUUGUACCUUAUUAUUCAAAGUAUUAGUAAGUUUGUACCACUGUUUACUAUUUGUAUGCCUUUAAACGCCUACACAUAUUUGGUAGAUGUCUAAAAUCAUCUUUGAAUUGAUUGAACUCGAUAAGAAUGUUUUAAAUAUUACAAUUUAUAUACUCAAUUAACUUUAUUUAUUAUAUUAAGUGGUCAAAAAUUUGUAGGGCUUAAGUAAGAAUGUUGUUAUUGAAUCGUUCUAACAAUCAUCGAUUUAACUAGAAACGUCUGCUGAAGCACUGAUAGUUAGUGCCAUCGUGAUAUGUUUUGUAUCUUUCGUAAGUGUGAUAAUAAAAUAAAUAAUAAGAUAACGUU